AUGUCCGCCCUCUCCCCCACCGGCCCCGCGCAACCAUCCCAGGCCCAAGCCUACGAAACCCCCGGCAACCCCGCCUCCACCAACCCCUCCGAAGACGCCGCCCAGUCCUUCAACGCCGCCGACAACUCCGCCUCCGUCGCCCAGCGCGUCCCGCAGAAACAAGCCUCCGACGCCGCCGGCCACCGCAACGCCAAAUUCGAAGAAGGCGCGGGCGUGCACGGCGCGCCGCCCGGCGAAGAGAGCAAGGGCCUGAGCCACGAGGACGUCGGGCGCCACCGGGAGCUCGACGGCGAGCAGAUGGCGGCGCCGGGCGAGGGGCGGGUCGCCGAGGCUGUGCGGAAGGGCGGCGAAGGGAUGGGGGGUGGCGGCAGUGAGCCGAGUUUCACGAGUGAUUUGGACCGCAAGAAGGCGGAGCAGCAGGAGGCGCGCGAGGCGAUUAAGCAGGAUAGGGCGGGGGCGGCGCGGGACGGUGGGCUGGCGGGUCAGACGGGCGGGCCUGCGAAUCCGGUGGGGCAGAACAAUUAUCCCAAUGGCGGGCCAUUGAGGCAGUAG